ACUUUAAUAUUACCUUUAGGCUCGACUUUUGAAGCUUUUGCACUUUUCACAGAGUUUUGAAGAAAGUUAGGGGGGAGUUCUGUGUAAGGCAGCUGCAGCGGAGGUUCCACAGCACCUGACCCACCCACCAGCAGCACCACCACCCCAGGGUGUUUGUCCUGAGAGCUGGGAGCGGGCGAGGAGAGACUGUUGUGAAGCCAGGGCUGCCGGAGGAGGACACCGACCGGGACAAAAGGAUAGCAGGGCGAACAGAGAGCAGGGGCACGCCGGACGGGAGGAGGAACCACACAUCCAAGCAGGAGUUGUUCACAGGAGGAGUCUUGAGCUUCGACCGAAGAUGAGUUCCUACACGGUGACUCUGAAUGGCCCGGCUCCGUGGGGCUUCAGACUACAGGGGGGGAAGGACUUCAACAUGCCCCUCACCAUCUCCAGGAUAACCCCGGGCAGCAAGGCAGCGGGCGGCAGCCUGGCCCAGGGAGACAUCAUCUCAGCCAUCGACGGGGUCAGCACCGACGGGAUGACACACCUGGAGGCCCAGAACAAGAUCAAGUCUGCCACCACCAGACUGUCGCUCUCAAUGCUGAAAUCAAGACGCCCUGCUCCAGUCCCCACAGCGACCCCCAGAAUGGAUUCACCCAUGCCAGUCAUCCCCCACCAGAAGGUUAUCGCAAACACAGCUGCAAACGUGGAGUACACCCCCAGCUUCAACCCCAUUGCUCUGAAAGACUCGGCCCUCUCCACCCACAAGCCCAUCGAGGUGAGGGGUCCAGGAGGGAAGGCCACCAUCGUUCACGCUCAGUACAACACGCCGAUCAGCAUGUACUCACAGGACGCCAUCAUGGACGCCAUCGCAGGCCAGUCACAGGCCAAAGGACACGAAGGUGAGGAGGCGGGCUCUCCCCUGGCAAGCGUUCUACCUGUCAAGGACCCGGUGAUCGACUGUGCGUCCCCGGUGUACCAGGCAGUGAUCAGGCCAGGAGAGACACCACAGGACAUGUCUGAAUGGGCUCGCCGCGCUGCAAACCUGCAGUCCAAGAGCUUCAGGAUGUUAGCCCACAUCACUGGAACCGAAUACCUGCAAGACCCAGAUGAGGAAGCACUGCAGAGGUCGAGAGAGAAGUUUGAGUCAGAGGUCAAAGGGCCGCGCUUCGCCAAGCUGAAGAACUGGCACCACGGACUGUCUGCACAGAUCCUCAACGUUCAGGAAUAAAGAGGAGAAAAAAAAAUAAUGACAAAAAAAAAAAAAAAAACAGUUGCAGAAGGAGGACAUGAAAAGGAUGACAUGGACAAAAGCCCAGGAG